AUGUCUCUGGCCCAUAUUAACACUGAUGAUGUUGAGGUGAAGAAGGAGAACAAUACAACAUGUGUUCUAGGAGAAGGUGCUCUGGACAAGGCCAUUGAAGUGAUAGAGACCUAUGAUCUUCCUGGUGGGCUUCUGCCAUUAGAAAAUGUUUAUGAAGCAGGGAUCAAUGAGGAUACUGGUGAUGUUUGGAUAAAGCAGAAGGCUGAGGUGAAACACCACUUCAAGAAGGCUGAUAAGCAUGUUCAGUAUUCACCAGACAUAUCAUGCAAGAUGGAGAAGAAAAAGAUGAAGGAUAUCAAGGGUGUCAAGGCCAAGGACAUGCUGGUGUGGGUGCCUGUGAAUGAGAUCUAUGUGGAUGAUAGCACUCCCCCUAAGAUUCACUUCAAAAGCAUUGCUGGGCUUUCAAGGACCUUCCCUGUUGAGUACUAUGCCAGAGGGGAAUAG